AUGGGACUAAAUGAAUAUCUAAUGGCAAUAGUAUCUUCGAUUAUUUCUUGGACAGUCGUAAAUGAAAAUAUGGGCCUUUUAAACGUGCUCUUCGUACCAAAUCGCAAUGUUAAUGCAACCGAAUUCAAAAUAAAUCUAAACUUCUCUGAUGUAAAAGACUUCCUCUUUGCUAUAAUCAAGAGAGAAUCAAUUUCACUCACCAUUCUUGGAGCAAUGCCGAAUGACAUUGGUGGUCCAGAAGCUGUAGAGACUGCUCAAGCCAAUCCAAAUCGUGAAUCAUACAUUCUUUGGAUUUGUUUAGCCAUUUUUCUUAUUGCUCAAGUCUUCAUUAUCCUUAUUCUUAUAAUAACUUGCUGCAGUUGCAUAGGACAUAAAGAUAAAGAUGAAACCAGUUUAUACGGAGUAAUUUCAUCUGCUAGUUUUAACAUUAAACCCAUAAAAAGAUAUGAUUCGGCUUUGAAGACGACUCAAAUAAGGUUCAAAAAUAUUUUUAAAGCGAUCAAUAGAGGGUUGAAAACCUGUGAGGACAAAGGAGUGCAAAUCAAGCAAAUGAUUCAAGCAUCUCUGAAUAUAUCGUCCAUGCAAACAUUCUCCCAUAAAUUACUGUUAAUCUCAAAGAGUAAAUUGAAUGAGCAAGUUAAUGCAUUGGAACAUUACUUACAACCAAUGAAAAGUGUUAUUUCCCAAUACGCACAACCACUUUCGAUUUCUUUCUAUGGCAUUGGAGGACUUUUAGCCGUUAUGCUCAUCGUUGCAUCUCUGAUCAUCGCUAGACUACUUUAUAGAGCUUUUCGGGAUCAACUCUAUUUAGAUCCAAGUGACCUUUGCGGGGAUACCGAAAUAACUGCAUGCGACAAAUUGACUUGUGGAAAGGAAUUUACUUGUUGCUUUUCGACUUACUUAAUGAUAGUAAUACCAAUAUUUGCUACUGUUAUCAGCCUUCUUCUCUUCCUACUUACAGUUGCAGCAGGUGAAGGAUGCAUCUACUUCACUCGAGAAACUGCAAUUCAAAAGACGGAUCAUGUUUUGAAUACCAUUAUGGCGAAUAAAUGGAGGGAGAUUCAUCCACAGUGGAGAAGCUAUUUUAAUGUGAAGCCACCAAGGAACAUUUUGAAAGCCUUAAAGACAACCUGCAAAUAUGACCCAUACAAAGAAACCAUUGGACUCUUCUAUUCAUUGGGGUAUGGCAAUAUCGUCGAUAUAAAUGGUAUUGUCCAAAGCGAGUUUCUGCAGAAUAGACUCAAAGAAGGCACAUCGGCUCUCAUCAGACAGAUCGAUAAUGAAUAUAUUCCUAGUCCACCACCGCCUGAAAUGUCUCUUUUCAUCUUGAGAACUUAUUUUAAAUCGCCAACCUCGUCCACCUCUUUAGAAGCAAGGAUUUUGUUAGAUUAA